AUGAAGCUCUCUCUCGGCGAAUUCGGACUGAAGCAUUGCGAUCUACCGACAAUGUUCUCCAACGUCGCAUGUUUCCUACGCCUCGUCACCAUCAACAUCCAUAAGAACGGCAAUAAACGUAUAUCAUUCGUGAGCUACGUAGUCGUGACUAUAACUGCGGUCUGCUAUAUCUACAUAAACAUUUUCUCCAUGUUCUGGUUCGUAUUCAUCCGCUGCAGACAGACGGGUGACUUCACUGCGGCAUCUGUGGUCUUCUCGCUCGGAACUGUCGGCGAAACUUGUAUCACAAAGUUUAUAUUCAUGACAAUUUACAAGUAA